AUGAAUAACUUUUCUUAAUAGAAUUAAUGUAAGUAAGCCCAACCAUUUUUACAACAAGGAAAUCAACCAAUGAACUAAUUUCCAUACCUAAAUAAAAAUUAACAACCGGUAAGUGGGUAGCCCUAAAAUUUUGCUCCAACAUCACAUCCAACUUUGUAAUAGGGAUAAGUUAAUCCUUCUUCAUAAUUCAAUUAAUUCAAUCAAUAAAACUAAUAGAGCUUCCAACAACCAAAGCCUGCAGGAUAAUUUUAAGCCUAAGCAUAAUUUGGAAACUUCAUUAAUAAUCAAUAGAUCCCUAAUAAUAAUGCUAAUCCACCAAAUUACAACAAUUUUAAUUAAAACAAUUUCAAUUAAAACAUUCAAAAGCCGUAAGUUAUUCAGAUACCUCCAAAAGCUGAUGCUAAAUUUACCCCAAAUUCUAUAAAUCUAAAUUAAUAGGGUGCUAAUAAAUAUUAAAUUUAACCCCAAAAACCUCAAGAAUGUGAAACAAAGCCUAUAUAAUAAUUUCAAUAAUAAUUCAAGGAUGCUUAAGCUUUUGGCAACAUUGUUCCUUAGUAAUCUUUGCCUGGUUAAUCACCUUUAAUGUAGCCUAGAAAUUAACAACAAAAAUACCCACGUGUUGAUGUGAAAAGUGAAGAGGAUAAAAAGUAAUUGGUGAAGAGUUUAAAUUAAUACUUUAAGGAUGGAAAUUCUGAAUUUGUAAUUGAGUGUAUAAAGCAAAUCAUUGAAAAUGACAUUAGAGUAAAGCUUCCGGAAUAAGCUAUUAGUAUUAAAUGA